AUGAUUACAGUUAGAGGCAGAAUAAACAACUACAGAGAUGUAUCAUCAAAGUUGAUAUUCUACGACCUCGUCCAAGACGGCGCCAAGCUGCAGGCCGUCUUUAAUUAUAGCCGUGUCGGUGGAAGUGUUGAUGAUUUCCGCAAUACUGCCAUGUUAACCAGGAUCGGAGACAUUGUUAGCGUCACUGGACAUCCCGGCCGCACACCUGCCGGCGAGUUAUCGCUAUUCGCAAAAGCGCAUAUGGAUGUCCUAUCACCAUGUCUUCACACACCUCCGACAAGGAUCCUGAGCCAGGAAAAACGCCACCAAAACCGCCACAUUGACCUCAUGGUCAGUCCGACUGCUACACAGAUCCUCCGGCUGCGGUCCCACAUCAUCCAGCACCUCCGCGAGCAAUUCCUCGAUCGUAACUUUGUAGAAGUACAGACCCCCAUCAUAGCAGAAGAAGCCGGUGGCGCAGUAGCUAGGCCCUUCUUGACCGAAGCGACGGCUUAUCGCGGUAAAAAGCUCGCGUUAAGGAUCGCACCGGAGCUGUGGCUGAAAAGACUGGUGAUUGGGGGCAUGGACAGGGUGUUUGAGAUUGGUACCCAAUUCAGGAAUGAAGGCAUCGACGCCACGCACAACCCUGAGUUCACCACCUGCGAGUUUUACCAAGCGUAUGCCGGGUUGGAGGACUUGCUCGGCUUCACCGAAACGUUGUUCUCCACCUUGGCACAGAAGGUUCGAGUGCUGAAAGAGGAGAAAUUCAAGAACCUAGACCAACUUGAGACUGGCUUUGACUCACCCUUCAAGAGGCUGGAGUUCAUUCCUGCACUCGAACAGGCCAUGGGGAAGCCACUGCCAGAUCUCGAUACGCAACCGGAGGAAGACGUCAGGGCACAGCUGCGAAGCCUGAUGAGGGAGCUAGGCAUUGCCGAGCCGGAGUCGCCAACCGUGCCGAGAAUCCUAGAUAAGCUCUCGGGAACUUAUCUUGAGCCGCUUUGUCAGGAACCGACAUUCAUCACUCACCACCCAGAGGCCCUCUCACCAUUGGCUAAAACCUCGAUCCGUGAUAACCGGAGGGUGACUGAACGAUUUGAGCUCAUUAUCGGUGGGAAGGAGCUUGUCAAUGCCUACGAGGAGGAAAAUUCACCCAUUGAGCAGAGGAGGAAGUUCCAGAUGCAGCUUCAAUGGAAGGACGAAGAAAACUCUACCCCUGAGGUAGAAGGAGGCGUUGACGAGGUGUACUGUGCUGCGCUCGAGUGGGGCCUUCCACCGACGGGCGGAUGGGGGUUGGGCGUGGACAGAUUGUGUAUGCUCUUUGCGGGCGUCGAUAAGAUCAGUGAGGUAUUAACCUUCGGUGGUUUGCGGGGGGCCGUGAAUCAGGGGGGCGUACAGCAUCAACAGAGGGAGACGAAGGAAGAAUAG